AUGUAUACAGCGUCGUUCGCAUUUUUCGAGGCGUUAUGGGAUGCGGGCGUCACACAUUGCUUCGUCAAUCUGGGUUCCGACCACCCCAGCAUUAUUGAAGCAAUGGUCAAAGGUCAGAGCGAAAACAAGGGCAACUUCCCCCGUAUCAUCACAUGUCCGAAUGAGAUGGUCGCCAUGUCCAUGGCAGACGGCUACGCGCGACUGAGUGGCAAGCCGCAGUGUGUCAUUAUUCACGUCGACGUCGGAACCCAGGGUCUUGGUGCAGCAGUGCACAAUGCCAGCAGUGGUCGCGCACCUAUUCUCAUCUUUGCCGGUUUGAGCCCUUUCACUAUUGAGGGAGAAAUGCGCGGGUCGCGAACGGAAUAUAUCCACUGGAUCCAGGACGUCCCCGACCAAAAGCAGAUCGUGAGCCAAUACUGCCGUUAUACAGCAGAAAUCAAGACCGGUAAAAAUGUCAAGCAGAUGGUCAACCGCGCACUGCAGUUCGCCACAAGCGACCCUCAAGGUCCAGUAUACCUAGUUGGGGCGAGAGAAGUCAUGGAGGAAGAUAUCACGCCAUACAAGAUGGACCAAAGUCUUUGGGAACGGGUUGAGCUGGGUGGAUUGCCUCCAAAGGCAGCAAGGAGCAUUGCAGAAUCCCUUCUAGCUGCUGAAAAGCCGUUACUGGUGACAGGUUACACUGGCCGAAACCACAAGGCCCCCGCGGCUCUUGUUGAGUUGGCAAAUACUAUCAAAGGAUUACGCGUACUUGACACAGGUGGAAGCGAUAUGUGUUUCCCUGCCUCUCACCCUGGAUGGGUCGGACUGCGAUUCGGCAAUGAUGAUUCGAUAAGGGAGGCCGAUGCCAUCCUCAUCGUGGACUGCGAUGUUCCUUGGAUUCCCACCCAAUGCAAGCCAAAGGAAGGUAUCAAAAUCUUCCAUAUCGAUGUCGACCCGCUCAAGAACAUGAUGCCGGUUGCCUACGUAGCUGCCCAGCGUCGAUACCGUGCCGAUGCGCUUGCAUCUAUUGAGCAGAUUACAGAGGCUGCUAAAGAACUCACUAAUAAAGUUGACGUCGAGACCACUAAUCGGAAAUGGGACGCACUACAGGCAUCGUACAAACAACGCUUAAUAACUAUCGCAGACAAGGCUGUCCCAGCCGCAGAUGGCUCGUUUGGGACCGGCCACCUAUGCUCAAAACUGCGAGCACUUUGCCCCAAAGACACCAUAUUCGCAGUCGAGGCUGUCACAAAUACUUUUUUCGUGCACGAUAACCUGCAACCAGAGCUCCCUGGUUCGUGGAUCAACUGCGGCGGUGGUGGUCUCGGAUGGUCUGGUGGUGGUGCCUUGGGCAUUAAGUUAGCCUCUGUCGCCGAGCAUGGUGGCAAAGGCAAGUUUGUAGUGCAGAUUGUGGGAGAUGGUACAUAUCUAUUUUCAGUGCCUGGCAGCGUGUACUGGAUCUCCAGACGGUACCAAAUCCCGGUACUGACCAUCGUACUCAACAACAAGGGCUGGAAUGCACCGCGGAAAUCCAUGGAGCUUGUCCAUCCUACGGGUAUGGGCUCAAAGGCGACGAACGAAGAGAUCAAUAUAUCAUUCAGCCCUGUGCCCGAUUACUCGGGUAUCGCAAAGGCGGCGGCUGGAGGAGACCUCUUCACUGCAAAAGUUGAGAAGGCUGACCAGUUAGAAGAGACGCUGAAGAAAGCCAUCGAGGCCGUCGAAGGUGGACAGGGUGCAGUUAUAGAUUGUAAAGUGACUCUAGGCUGCUAGGUCACAUUAAUGACAUCUCGGGAAGUUCCAUAGUGAUUUGCGCGAUGUUAUCUGGUUAUCAGCCGUCUAUCGGCUUUAGGAAUUUUCGUAUUAUAGUUCCAGCAUUUCUGUGCAUUACCGGUACCUUCUUUGGGGG